CAAACAUGUGAAAUAUUAUCGUACUUGGCAACGGAAAGAAUUUUUCAGCCAUUACAAAAGAUAUAUGUCAUAUUUGUGUGGAGCUACAGCAUUUCUGAUUGGGGCUGGGUACAGAGUAAUACCGCCGUGGUCUAGAAAAUAAAAGCCUGUUUGAACGGCAAAAAUUUUUUUUACCACUUUAUAAUGUAAAAGGGGUUGGUAGAGGAUGUUUUAUUUAAUUUUUUUUUUUUUACAGUUGUUGGCAGGUGCGUUAGCAGGUGCGCUGUAUUUAUCUAAUUAGCCUCUAGCUCGAAGCCUCAAAAAAAUUAGCCAAGUAAUAAGGUUUGGUUCUUUUAGUUAAUAAAAAGGUGAACACGCCAGCAAAAAAGUUAAAUAUUUACGUUUUUGUUUUUACUAAAUACGUUGAAACCCUAACCAAGGCAAACCUUUUUUUUAAAAGUUAAAAUGGCGUUUAACCAUGUCGAUGCAUCCAGGCUGUCGGGCGCUUAUAACGAACCGUGUCUUCCUCACCACUAUCAUCAUCAUCAUCAUCAUGGUUUCAUCAUUAAUUCUUUAUGGGCAACGCCGUGUAAUUUUCCAAUAACAUCAGCAGUAGUGUUCGUUGACAGCCCGGGUUACACUUCGUGGAACUAUCCAGGUUUUCUGGAAGCUUCUCGUGGAACAAUUGGUUUCGUCGGACCGCUGCAGGAGACACAGUCAGAGCAGACAAAGCGCAGGACGUGUUUUCUGGAGAGGUCUGUAUUUGAUCUGGUGAAAGAACAUCCUUACCUGGAUCUGACAGACCCAAAACUGCUUGGCUGGUAUCUUUCUUUAACUGCACAGGACCGAAGCAUCAUACUGGAUGAAGGAGGUUUUCAUCGCUUUCUGCAAAGACAUCCUGCCUUAGGAUUGACCGAUCAUCACGUUUAUGUAAAGUUUGAGUAUCCCAAUGAAACGAGCAGCCUGUUGUCUCCGUCUAUGAGUUCCAGUGGUCAUAAGUAUACUUCUAAUACUCAAAACAGCCUGGAGAUGCUUCAAGAUAAUUUGAAAGACCACUUAUGUCAACAACUGGUUCCCCAGGAGGACAUUUUUGAUACACCCUCCAGCGGCACCGAUUCUCAAAAACCAAUCAACAUGGAUCCAGAAGGCUUGGAAAACUGCUCCUUGGACUUGGCGCUUGACCAGUGUUUUCAAAAGAAAAAUCUUGAGGAAAAUUCAGCGAUGUGUGGACAGAGUGCUAACAUCGCUGCUAACCUUGCACAAGCAAAUCCAUUAAAGUCAGACCAGUCAUUUUAUAACGAGUGCUACUCAGAGUACUGCAGCUGUGACAGCAUGGAGAGUGACGACCAUGACGACAGCAUUGAGAACCCUAUUCAUUUGCAUGGUCAUCCAGAGCCAAACAGGAAAAAGUCCACCAAUGAUGGACCAAUUCAGAACAAGGUUGGAGGUGAGCAGGAUGACAGGUUUAAAAACAUCCUGGGGGAAGACACGAGCAUGGUCUGUCUGGACGGCAAGGGAACGAUGGGUCAUCAAAAAGACGGUCAUUCAGGUCUGGCCAAAGCUUACAAAGAAGCAGCAGUAGAUGCCAGUGACAUCAUAAAACCUGGACGCACACCAGAGAACAUCAGCGUUCCCAGCUGUAAUGCUGUGAUUGGACCAGACCUGGCACAGAGCUCUCCAGUUUCUACUCAAACUGAGGCUGAAGCUCCAGAGACUGCAGAUAAAAACGUCAUGACUGAGCUCCAGAUUUCAGAUCUGAACUUUGUAUAUCAGGUAGGAUUUGCUUUCCCGCUUGAUUUAGGAAAUCAUGCACAUUCUCUUUCAGUAGGAACUGUAUAUUAG